AUGGGCAGGGCGAUCGGUUGGGCCCAACGCCGUCGCCGGCUCUCGUCGCGCUCGCUCUUUCCACGAAACACUCUCGACGGUGAAACGACCCGAACCUCCUCCAUCCCGCUUGUCCAGCCACGUACAAAGAAGAGAGGUUCCGCCUGCUCGUUUGGGCAGGGCCGUGUGUGCCGCCUCAGUAGAGUAGCGUUGCCUAGACCGAACACACGUCGGGGUGAUCCGUUUUCUGGUUGUUCCAACCCGACAGCCGUCCGCGCGAUGGUGAAACAGUCGCGGUCGCUGAGCCUCGCUCGACACCCCAGCACCGCGCCACACGUGCCCUCGCUGUUCAAAAAGUCGGCGUCUUUGUCCGGUCUAUCAGAAUGGAUGUGUGAGUCUGCUGUCGCCUCUCGUGCGUGAUGUGUAGUGCGAGCUGAUGCGACCGAGAUCUCGAUUCUGGCAGCUCGACACCUCAACUUCUACCGGUAAGCGCAACCGCAGCCCGGCCAGGACGGCGCAAGCUAUGGUCGCCUGGCGCGUUUACUGACUCUGCAGUCAUCUUGCAACGCUCGUAUUUUUGCAUCUCAACGCGCGUGUCAUACCGUGCUGUGCCAUGUAAUCCCGAUCCUGGCGUACCCACCGUGUCCGCAGCGUGAGUCUCGUUCGUCCUCGUCCACGGUGGCUUAGGGCCCACGUGACGGCGACCGUCGGUGUCGCCCCGGUGUACUAGCUCGGUGUUGCAAACGUGGCUGAGAUCAAACUCGUCUCCGUAUUUUUAAAGGUCCACAUGCUUUUCUUCCUCUUCAUGCCAUUAGUCUCGUCGGGCAUUUUUUAUGCCUCGAAUGGCGCGACAAAGGUGGCCUAUGUCGACGCGCUCUUCAUGACCGUCUCGGCGUCGACCGUCACGGGACUCAACUCGGCCCUCUUAGGACCCUUGACGAGGUGGCAGCAGACGAUCGUGAGCUACACCAAACGCGUUACUUGUUCACAUACUCCCGCCACGAGCCGCUAAUGUGUCGCUGCGUGCUCCCGCUCGGGAUUGCCACAUCUUGCUUCGUUUGUAGCUCUUCGUAAGCCCCGACCCUGCUACGACUGUUCGGCGCCCCCACGGCCGGGCAAUUGACCAGCACCAUCGUUCUCAAUGUAUCGCAGAUCAACAUGUGUGUCGGCUCUACCGUAUUCGUCUCGCUGAUAACGAUCGUCAUUCGCCUGUAAGUCGCUUCGCCACCGCAUGCAGGCCCUCCGUCGGCUGACGUUCGAUUGCCCACAAUUAUCCUCCUGUUUCACUGUCCUUACAGAUCCUUCUUUCGACGCAAGUUCGAAUACAUGGUCGAGCAUGACCCUGCGGCCCGUCAGCGAGUCAACCGCGUAGGCGCCGAGGAAGCACAAUUGGAAGGGCGUUCGUUCCGACCUUUCCCCAUUCAUCUACGAGCCAGCGAUAUCGAAUUUGCGACUCACUCUCCAGCAGGCUCGAGUCCAAUCUGGACCAGGGAAGAAAAGAAGGAAGGCGGUGCUAAAAAAAAGAAGAAGAAAGGCCCGCUGCGCACCGACAUGAUCACGCGCGUCGAUGUGCCUGUGCGCGUCAACCAGAUGAACGUCACGGGGUGGCUCAGCGAUGAAGCGAAGGCAGCCGAGGAACUCGCGACCACGACCCAAGCCGAGGGCACCAUCAAGGCGGGGGAGUUUGGUGGGGUCAUCACCGCCGAACCAAAGGCCGCCGAAGAACCUGUGGCGCCUUCAGCACCUCACGCCACCGCGAUACACAUCGAUGAUUCGACCAAGCCGGACCGAAGUCAUCGCCACAUUCGUCGUACCAGCGACCCUACUGCGCAUGCUCCUGCUCCCCUCUCACCUACGUACCAGAGUGUUGGCCUCCCCAGAGUGAUGACUCUGGACACUCACCAUGAGCACGACCACCGCCAUGGCUCUCUGACGUCGCCGGCCUCACCAGACUUUCCGCGGUCUCGAACAAUCGAGUUUCGAGACAACGGUGAUUCAAACCUGAGGAUGCGACGUACACGGACAGGAGCUCAAGAUGUGGAUGUCCGUCGACGGCAGUCGCAAGGCAACCUUCGCGACAUUGAAGCUCGCACGUUGACCCGCACCGGCACAAACGCACCCGACGCGCUCAACACAGGCUUCGGUGGGUUCCCCAACCCCAUCGUGGUGGCGGCCGACUAUGCGCGCAAGCGAAUCCCCGUCUUCAACACCGUCGUGGAACGGAAUUUGACGCUACCCCCGACCCAAACGCUGGCUUCGGUGCACUCGGGACUUGGCCCACCUACCGAUACGCAGAAUCUCAAGCCAGUGUCCUACAUUUCUUUCGACGCGGUGGUGGGUCGCAACUCAAAGUUCCGAGGACUCACGUCUGCGCAGCAAGAGGAGCUUGGAGGUGUCGAGUAUCGCGCCCUACAACUCUUGCUGCGGAUCGUUUUCGCCUACUGGAUUGGACUGCAGCUUAUUGCCGUCCUCGUGCUUGCACCGUGGUUGACGUAUUCAGAGAAGUACCGGCCUGUUUUUGAGGAUCCACAAUGGGCCGUGUCGCCAACGUGGUUUGUCUUCUUCCAAGUUUGGUCCGCAUUCAGCAACAAUGGCAUGAGGUGAGCUUCCAGUGUCCGACCUCGCCUUCGCCUGCGGGAUCACCACGCUAACCCGCCUCUUUCAUCGCCAAAAGUCUGGUUGAUGCCUCGAUGGUCCCUUUCCAACAAGCCUACCUGCUCAUUGUUGUCAUGAGCAUCCUCAUUCUGGGCGGCAAUACUGCCUACCCCGUCUUCUUACGCAUUUGUAUCUGGAUUAUCUCCAAACUCGUUCCACGACGUUCAAGAACCCGGGAAACUCUCCAAUUCUUGCUGGACCACCCUCGUCGGUGCUAUAUCUACCUCUUCCCGUCCCAUCAGACUUGGUUCCUUGUCUUUGUGCUCGUUAUCCUCAACUCCAUCGACUGGAUCUCGUUCAUCGUGCUCGACAUUGGAAAUACGGAGAUCGAACGGUUGCCGGUGGGCACUCGUAUUAUUGAUGGUCUCUUGCAAGCUUUCGCCGUGCGGGCUGCCGGGUUCGCCAUCGUCACGCUCUCAGCCGUCGCUCCCGCUCUGCAACUCCUCUACGUCGUCAUGAUGUACGUCGCCGUCUACCCCAUCGCCGUUUCGAUUCGCAGCACGAACGUGUACGAAGAGAAAUCUAUGGGCGUUUUCGAGGAGGAAGAAGAUGAAGACGAUGUCGAAGCACGCUUCGAAAAGUCGCACUCGGCUUCACAGUACAUCUCGUACCAUGCUCGAAAGCAGCUCGCUUUCGACAUGUGGUGGCUGGUGCUCGCCGUGUGGCUCAUUUGCAUCAUCGAGCGCCGCCUGAUUGGAGAUUUGGAGUACCCCGAGGUCACAAUCUUCACCAUCAUGUUCGAGGUCGCCUCUGCAUACGGUACUGUCGGCCUAUCUCUCGGCACUUCGCGCAAAAAUACCUCCUUGUCGGGAAUUCUUCGAACGCUCUCAAAACUUGUCCUGUGCGCCGUCAUGUUUCGAGGUCGUCAUCGUGGUCUUCCUGUCGGUGAGUUGUGAUGGCUCUACGCUUGCGUAUCCCAAUUGCUGACCUCUUGUAUUGCUGUACCUGUGUAUAGCUAUCGAUCGAUCCAUUCUUUUGCCGUCCGAGAUCAAGACGGCCGAAACAGGAUCGACGCGUGGCGAUGGUGCCUCCGCGCGUCGUGGUUCGCGCAGUAGUUACGCCAGUUCCGGUCGCGACGAAGGCGGUCCUGGAGGGGAGGGCGGGCUUGAGACGGUCGAACCGGAAACGGAUGAAGCUCGAACGGAGCGCGUGCGUCACGAAUCGGGGCGAGAGAACUCGGGCGGCGAGGCUUAUGGAUUUGAAUACACCAAGCCGCCGACAAAACCACUUUCACGGCCUGAAGAUGAAUCGAAUAAGAGUGACUCCAACGAAGGUGGUGUCUCGAACACUUCCGACAACACCAUCAGCGAAACUCGAUGA